AUGAGAACGCAAAGUGAAAUAAUAAAACCGUUAACUCCUCUUAGAAGAAUUCCUAAGAAUAGAGGAACUGUUGUAAAAAACUUAAGUGACAUUAAUCCACUGUCAGAAAAAGAAAUAAAAAAUGUCAUAGAAGUAUACUCAGAAGCUAAUAAAGCUUAUUUUAAAAAUCAUAUUAAAAAUGAAAAAAACAAAAACAAGAAAAAAAAAAAAAAAAUAAUCUCAAAAAAAACUGAAAGUGAAGAAUUUAAUCCAUUGAGUCUUAACCCACUAGAAUACAGAAAUAAAAAAUUUGAAGAAAAUGGAACUCUUUUACAUUUACCAGGAUCGAAUAUUAACCCAAAAUAUAUUCCACAUAAUCCCAAUACAGAAUAUGGAGUAUCAUCACUGUCAUAUGCAACACUCCAUAAAUCUAACCCAUUAUUGUGGGGAUUUGACUAUAAAAGACACUAUGAACUCCCAACUAUAUGCUCAAUUGUCAAGUCUAAACAUCCUAUUUAUUCAAAGCCUAAUGAUAGAAAAAAAAAACAAAAAUAUUCUAAUCUAUCUAAAAGCAAAGCUAAAAAAAAAAAAAAUAAAGCAUCAGAAAAAUAUGAUGAAAACCUAGUAAUUAAGAAGGUUCCCACUUUUGGUAACUAUAAGGAAUAUGAAAUUUCAGAUCAUUUGGAAGGAACAGAUAAAAAAAAUAAAAAAUUAAAUGAAUUUAUUAAAAAUACUGAAAGUACUAUUAAUGGCAAUUUAGAUGAAUUCAAAGGACAUUUGAACAAUUCUAUUCAUUGUUCUGAAUCGAAUGAAAAUUUAAAUAAUACUAUAAAUAAUGAUAAAUUAGCAAAUAGAACAAAACAUAUUAUAGAAAAGAAUAAUGAUAAUUAUAAUAUUUCUCUGAAAAAACAAGACAAUGAAAUAGGAAACAAAAAUGAAAUUAUUAAAAAUGAUGAGAAAAAAGAAGACAUAAUAAAUCAAAUCAAUGAAUUAAAUAUUGUUUAUCCUAAAAAUGAAAAUAGUAUAAAUAUUUAUUCUAAUAUUUCACCAAAUAGAACUUUAUCUAACUCAACAUUAAUGGAAUUCAAAUUUCUAAAUAUCGAAUUAGAUAAUUCAAGAAACCAGCAUGUGAGUUACGAUAAUAACAUGCUAAAUUGUUCAAAUGAUUUACUCAAUAAUAAAUCGCCUUUUAAUUACUUAAAUGACACACUUUCACAAAAAGAAAAUAACCAAGAUGCUUAUUAUUGGAAUCAUGAAAAAUGUAAAAACAGUAUAUCAAAUUAUUCAACUACAGAAAAAUCUAAGUUAAAACCGAGAGAAAAAGUAAAUGCAAAUUUAUCAAAACAAAAAGAAAAUUAUAGUGAGUAUUCAGAGGAAGAGUCAGAAGAAAAUUCAAAGAAACGUUUAUCAACUAAAUAUAAAAAGCAUUCCAGAGCUAAAGAAAACACACAAAAAAAUGAUAUUUAUGAAUCAUACAGAAAAAAUAAUGAUAAAAAGUCUAAACAAAAAACUCAUAGAUUUAAAAAAAAUAAUUUUUUAAAAAAUGAUAUAGACAAUGGAUUUAACUUAUCAAAUGAAAUGUACUGUAACAAAAAUAAGAAAAAAUAUAAUAAAAAUUAUUCCAGGAAGAGUUCUGAUUCAACAAAAGAUCAAUUAUUAAGUGAUUAUAAAGGAAAUCAUACAUUACGUAAUAAUAAAAGUCAUAAAAUUAACUCUCAAAAUAAUAUGAGUUUGGGUUUUUAUAAUACUGUAUAUCCUAAGUUUAAAGAACCACAAUAUGUUAAUGUUAAAACACCUAAUAAUAUGAUAGCGAACAAACCAAUGAUUCAACAAUCUUCAGAAAUACAACAAAAUCAAAUAUAUAAUACAGAAAAUUCAGAUAAUAAACAAUCAUAUAUACAAAAUGAAGUAACACAUAUACAAGGAACCCUUCCUAUAAACAUAAUAAAAACUGGGGAAGAAACGCAUAUACCUAGUAUACAAGUAUAUUCACCUGUUGUUCAAACAAAUGUACACGAAGAACAAUCUAUUACACAUAAUAUGCAUACACAAAUACCACAACAACAAGAAAUUAAUAAAUUACAAAAUCAAUUACCUCUAAUACAAUCCGAGUUAACUCAUAUUCAAGAACAUAUGCCACAACAAGAAAUUCAUAAAUUACAAAAUCAAUUACCUUCAAUACAAUCCGAAUUGACGUAUAUUCAAGAAAACAUACCACAAUGCGAAUCAAUGACAUAUCAACCAAAUUCUCUCCUAAGUAACAUUCGAACAAACGUAACUCAAACACAUGUUAUGCCUCAAGUAAAAACACAAGUACCUUAUAUACAAUCACAAAUAUCACAAAUACAAAACCAAGUACUUCAAAUGCCAACCGAAAUAUCUCAUAUGCAAAAUCAAAUGCCUCAAAAACAAUGCUCAAUGCAUCAAAUACAAACACAAGUUCCCCAAAUGCAAAAUACAAUUCAUCAAGUUCAAACUCAAGUUCCUCAAUCACAAAACCAAAUACUUCAAUUUCAAAAUGAAAUCCCCCAAUCUGAAAUCAUAAAUCCUCAAAUGCAAACUCAAAAUCUUCAUAUACAGAAUCGUUUACCUCAAUUGCAAUCACAAGUACCAUUAAUGCAAAAAUCGAUAUUUUUAGAGCAAAUGCAGUUAUCUCAAGUACAUACAAAUGAAAAAAUAAAAUCGCCUUACAAUAUGUGCAACUUAAUAGAAUUACCAAAACAAUGUGUAGAACAUACAAAUUAUAAUAAUAAUUAUGGUUUAUGUAAUGUUCAAAAACAAGGUGAAUGUAAUUUAGAUAACUGUUUUAUUAAAUCAUUAAAUCCCAAUAAUACUCCAUAUAAUAGAGUAAUGAGAAGUGUAAAUGACUUAGAAAACAAACAAUAUAUACAAAAUGACUCUGUUAAUUCAUUAACUAAAUUCAACAAAAAUCUAUAUGGUGCGAACAUGAACAAUGCAAAAGAAAAAUGCGUAGAGCAAGUUAAAACUGUUGACUCAACAAUCAAUUUUUUUAAAUCGGAAAACGAAAUUCCUUGGCUUAAAUCUUACAUAGAUAUGCAACAUACACCUAUAAAAGAUAAAGUUUCAAAUAUGAGCUAUAUAAAUGUAGAUUUCAACAAUGGUAAACAAAAUGUGAAUUAUAAUGUACAUAAUCCUGCAGAAAUUUUAGCAAAUCACUCAAAUUGUCAAUUAUUUAAUGACAAUAUUUAUAAUCCUAACAAUUCCCUACUAGAGAUAAACAAAAAUAAUAACAAUCAUAUAGAUAUAUCCAAGAUAAUUAAGAUAUCAAAUGAAAACUUAAUGAAUUUACAAAAUAAACAAUUAUUGAAUAUUUUACACGAAGAAAGUAAUGGAAAAUCAAUUGCCAGUCAAAAUGUGGUAUAUCAAGGAAUUAAUAACUUUAAUAUAAAAGAGACAAAUAAUAUAAAUGGAAACUCUAAAAAUUCCUUAGAUAACACAAACAAACAUAUUUCUUGCAUGAACUAUGCAAAUUCAAGGAACUUUUCACAGGAAUUUGUAAACAAAACAAAUAACAUAAUUAUACCAUCUAUACCUAAUGAAAUAAUCAACAAAAAUCAAUUCGUACAAAAUAACAUAAAAAAAACUGAAUAUUUAAACUAG